AUCUCUUCAUCAUCAUUCUGGGUUCCACGAGGAACCCAGAACAUCAUCCUCCUGGGUUCCUCGUGGAACCCAGAUCUAAGUUCCAUAAGGAACCCAGAACUGGGUUCGUGGAACCCAGUCGCCCUAAUCCUUGGAUUCCAAGAUUCAGAGGAUUCACGCGUUCGAUUUUGACAUCAACAUCAACGUCGAAGAAAGAGAUGGAUGAGUUUGAAUUUUUUUUUUUUUUUUUUACAGAUUUGGGAAGUGAUUUUUAUGAAUUUGUGUUCUUUUGUUUUUGAUCCUUUAUGGUGGCUGUUUGAUGAUUGGUGAAGGUGAUGAGAGUAAUGAUUGGCAAAGAUGGUGGGAAGAUGGAAAUUCGAGGGGGGCUGGAGAGAAGCUGGGAGAAGAAUUUUUUCUUUUUUUGGUUGCUUGGGGAUUGAUGAUGGUGAUGGUGAUGAGAGUGAUGAUCGAUGAUGAUGGGAUGAUGAUGGGAUGAUGAAGAUCGAAGUUUGAAGGGGGGGGCUUGCGGCUAGUUUUUUUUGCCGAACCUAGCUCUGGGUUCCACAGAGCUGGGUUUGUGAGGAACCCAGUUUGAGGAACCCAGUUUGUACCUUUCUUUCGCCUUUCUUUUCUGUGAUUGUUUCUGGUUAUGAUAGAAUAAUAAGAUGAUGAUUUGAUUCUUUGAUUGGUUCUCAACUUUUCUUGCAAAUGAAUUAAAAGAUUGUUC